AUGGAGACUGCUAGGAGGCAAAAGAAGAUCGCCAAUCGUCUCAAAAAACUCCGUCUGCGUGUCAAAGACCCAACCAUCCCUACAAAGAUCUACAAAGCUGGAACGAUCAAGAAUCAAGAGCACAAUCUCACCAAGCUUCCCCAGGAGGUUCGAGCCAUGAUCUUCAAAGCGCUGCCUCUGAAUGCAGAUCGCGCCUCUUUAGCUCUCACCUGCAAGACUCAGGCAGCCUCCUACGAACAACUGAAGGAGGAGAAAAACAAGAAGGAUUAUGACCAUCCUGUCCCCAAGCGUUCCCUCCGAACCCAUCGUCUGCAGAUGCUUGUCCGCCUGCGUGACACCAUGCCCCCGAGUUAUCGCCUGUGCUACACGUGCCUCCAGUUCAUCGACACUGCCCAGCGGGACAAUAAGGGAACGUGGGGAGGAGAUCCCAUGAAAGUACAGGGUCUCAAGGCGGACAAAGCUGCUAUGGUGGAAGGGCCCCGCUGCCCUUUGUGCAUUGCUGCAGAGAAGUUGGAGACUGCCAAGCAUAAGGAGACGUACAAGAAGUACCUAGCCCUAGCAGACAGCUGCUCUCUUAAGAAUUGA